CCAAAAUCAAUUUCAAAGGGAAUCAGAACGGUAUUCCUUUUAGCGUUAAUCCCAAGUGCUUAAAACCUAAAACCCUACUCAGUUCUCAGUACAGACUGCUAGUGUAGUAAUUUUGCAAGAUUCAGAUACCCAUCUGUGCAGCCACCCAGUUUAGAGCAAAAUAAUUUUAAUUCCAAAUCCCAAAUUUCAAGUACAGAUAUCAAUUCCAUUUCAGAAAAUGUAUUGCUGUGUUCCUCACUACGUUUCCAUGAAAUUUCCAGAACUUAGCACGUCUAAGAUUUUUAGCUCAUUUAGUUUGACUAAGAGGGAUUUUAAAGUAUUUGCGGUUGCAUCUAGCAUGGAUGAGACAGCCAAUUAUAUCCCUGCAGCUCCCAUUUUUAUCCCAGAAGGGCCAUGGAAUCAGAUUCCAGGGGGAGUCACUGCUGCAAAGGGAUUCAAAGCUGCAGGCAUCUAUGGUGGAUUACGUGCCCAAGGAAACAAACCUGAUCUUGCACUGGUCACUUGCGAUGUUGAUGCCGCAGCUGCAGGGGCAUUCACUACAAACAUGGUUGCUGCUGCACCUGUCUUAUACUGUAAAAAUGCGUUAGACAUUUCUAAAACGGCACGAGCAGUGUUAAUAAAUGCUGGUCAAGCAAAUGCUGCAACAGGUGAUGCAGGUUACCAAGAUGUUCUAGAAUGUGCUGACGCCCUUGCUAAGGUACUUAAUUUGAAGCAAGAGGAAGUGUUGAUUGAAUCUACUGGUGUAAUUGGUCACAGAAUAAAAAAGGAAGCACUUCUAAAUGCGCUUCCUGAAUUAGUGAAUUCUCUCACAUCAUCUCUUGAAGGGGCAGGUUCUGCAGCAGUGGCAAUUACAACUACUGACCUUGUGAGCAAGAGUGUGGCAAUUGAGUCCCAAGUUGGAGACAUGAGUGUAAGAGUUGGGGGAAUGGCCAAAGGUUCUGGGAUGAUCCAUCCAAACAUGGCCACCAUGUUGGGUGUAAUAACUACUGACGCGCUUGUCGAAGCUGAUGUUUGGAGAAAGAUGGUGCUAAUUGCUGUUAACCGGAGUUUCAACCAAAUAACAGUGGAUGGAGAUACUAGUACAAAUGACACAGUAAUUGCUUUGGCUAGUGGGUUAUCUGGAUCAACCUCAAUAUCAUCUAUCGAAUGCAGUGAGGCAAGACAACUUCAAGCAUGCCUUGAUGCAGUAAUGCAAGCUCUUGCAAAAUCAGUAGCUUGGGAUGGAGAAGGAGCUACAUGCCUAAUUGAGGUUACAGUAACUGGGGCAGAAAGCGAGGUGAAAGCUGCGAAGAUUGCACGCUCUGUGGCAUCUUCUUCACUUGUCAAGGCUGCAGUAUAUGGAAGAGAUCCAAAUUGGGGACGCAUUGCUGCCGCCGCCGGCUAUGCAGGGAUUCCUUUCCACCAGAACAACCUCCGGGUUAUGCUUGGGGAUAUUUUGCUGAUGGAUAAUGGACAGCCGCUUGCAUUUGAUAGGGCUGCUGCUAGUAACUAUCUCAGGAAGGCUGGUGAAACCCAUGGAACAGUUGGAAUUUACAUUUCUGUUGGUGAUGGAUCAGGACAUGGACAGGCAUGGGGCUGCGACUUGAGUUAUGAUUAUGUUAAAAUAAAUGCAGAGUACACAACUUAGACAAUUUUGUAUUUUACCUAAUCAGAGUUUCAGAGAAUUGGACUUUUGAACUUGUAUCCCCAAAACGGAUAGCAUUUCCAAUAAAGAUUAAAUAACAUUCUAAAGUAUUGAAGGGUUCGUAUUUCUCA